AUGGCACAGUGUUUCAAGUGUAACAGUCGUAUUGAUGAUAAGACUCUAAGAAAUAUCAAUUGCAAAGGCUGCAAGAGAGUAAUAUGUACUAAAUGCAGUGGACUAAGUGCAACAUCAAUGCGUGUUGUUGCACUUCAAACACCUAAAUUUUCAUACCUAUGUGAUGAAUGCGAGGAUCAGCUAAGGCACAUUCCAGAAAGUUGCAGACUUGUUACAGACCUCCAACAGCAGGUUCAAGAGUUAAAGACAAAUCAAAUAAAUAUAGUGAAUUUGGACACAGUGACAAAUGAAAUUCAGGAAAGAAGAAAUCGUAUUCGUAAUCUUAUUGUGUUUGGAAUACCUGAAUCUAAAGCAAAUUCAAAUGAAGACAAAAAAUAA